CAAAUUUCUUGUGCUUCCAUUAAUCUGAAUCUUUGUCUUGUCUUAUCUUUUCUUUCUGUAGAAAGCCUUAGGGGAUGGCCGAUCCUUAUCCGACCGACGAGGUGCAACCGUACCGUGACCUGUGGUACACUUUUCAUGAUGGCUUUUUGGAAUUCAAUGCUUGGUUAGCGAAGAGGACAUUCGAGAAGCAAAAAGAUCUAGUUUUGCUUGAGGUUUUCAAAGAAAGUGACAUCAGCGUGGCAUGGUGGUGCACGAGUACCCAUACAUUUAUCCUUGCUUUUGGGGAGGUUAUUGUGACUCUAGAAGAUGUGGCAAAUCUGAUGUUAUUGCUUAUUGUUGGGGAAGAAGAUCCACGGCACAUAACAUUAACACCGGAGGAGCAUGCCACACUAGUAGCUUUGAAGAAGGUGAUGAAAAGGAAUGCCAAUGCCUCUUCUCGCUCAUGGAGGGGAGAAUACAGCAUUGAUUUUCUAACUUGGAUACGGUACUUUCGGAUAGGCGAAGGUAAAGAUAGCCCAUAUGUACGUGCAGCUUUCCUUACGACUUGGUUGAGUAAGUUUGUCUUCAAGGGCUUCCCAAACCAAAAGAUUAUGGUUGAGUGUAUUCCUCUGGCAAUUCGAUUGGCUGAAGGUGUGAAGCUCCCUUUAGCCCUGUUGAUGCUAGGUAUGCUCUAUCAUAUGCUUGAUUUGCUCCACUUUGAUGAGAUUCUCAGUGCCAGCUAUUACAUCAUUGAGUCAAAUGUAUGUUUGUCUUUGCUGCAAAUGUUUGCAUGGGAGAGGUUUUGCCCCUAUCAUUUUGGCCGUGUUACUAGUGGGAAGGCUUUGAAGGAAUAUCCCAUGGUGAAGUGUGGUUACACCAACAGAAUAGCUCUGUCAGCCUACUCUUGCAUAGGAAAAAGGAAGAUAAAGGGACAGAUAAUCUCGAAAGUUGAUGGCCUUCUAGAUCACUGUGACAACUUUAAUUUCCAUGCGUCCAAGACAAUGCCUCAAACAUUUGCUUCACCCGAGGUGAGCCUCUUUGACAAGGCACUCCCAACGGUGUUUGGGAGUCAGAUUGUGGAGUUUACCAUGGGGAAUUCAAGUCAUCUGGAAAUGUUGGCGAUGAUCACACCAUCCAUGCUGCCAUGCACUACAUGGCAGAAGAUGUGGAGUCUAGAGUGCUACUGUCUGAAAAGAGUUGCGAGACAAUUUGGUUAUGAUAAGGAUGUAGCUCUUACUCCUUCUUCGGACAAGACAGAUUGGAACAGGGCCAUGCGGCCUUACAUUGAUGAAGUUGCCGUGGCCUUACAUCGAUGAAGUUGCCACAGCCAUGUGAAGCGAGGGUGUUGCCAUACUUAGGUUUUUUAGCACUAUGAGAAUAUCAACCAUUUCGUCACCCAUGCUGGAGUAUUGGGGGACACUGCUAAAAAAGUUUGAAGCUUUCA